UCUGCUGUAAACAAGUUGACACAUGCUAUUGUGUGGAUCUUUAAAUCACGAGCGAUCGCAAGAAAACCAGUCAUUUUCUUCAGUUUUCCACGUUCAUUCUUUACCAUGUCGGGCCAGCGAUUGAUCACCGAUAUUUUUGCUAAACAUAGGAGGGAAGUUGAUCGUUCCAGGAAGGCAAAGGCAGCUGAUGAUGAGGCAAAAUUGGCAAAACCCCCAGCGAAAAAAUCUUGUUUUGAAGAUUUGGAUGAGGAGGCUGCACGGGCGCUGUUGAGAGAGAAAGAGCUGUCUGUACUUCAGCAGUUUGAUCUCUGUUGGACGUUUGGGCCCACCAUAGGUAUAACAAGACUAGAGAGAUGGGAACGAGCAAAAAAAAACAACCAGAACCCUCCAGACCUAAUCAGGCAAAUAAUCCAAAGGAAUCCAGAAGCAGAAGAGUACACCCAAGGUUUGUGGCAUAAUUACCCACUGUAAGAUUAUGAGCUGCUAUAGAAAGCGGACAGUGACAACCCAUAAAUAUACCAGGAUGCAUGUUGAGAAUGAACUCUGGUCAGUCAAAGUGAACCAACCUUCUUUCCCCUCAACCCGAAUGGACAACAGAUAUGACAGAUAAGGACUUCCACCACCUGGACUUGCUACAUGUUGUACCUCGCCAAUGAAGGCUAUAGACCUUAAUCACGGUGUCUUGAUUUUACUCCAUUCCAACUCAUUGUAGCCAAACUGAGGCUGGACGAAAUAACAGUCUGGUGCCAUGUUUGCGCAAUGAAUGUUAGCAUUCAUUGCUGUUAUGGAAACAGGGAACAUGAUCAAGAUGGUGGCAGCGUGAAAGGGUCUAUGGAGUCAAGGUUCCAGGGUGCUCUCUAGUUCUUAUUACAUGUAUACAUGUAACUCUAUGCUGUAUACAGGGCACUUGUACUGUAUGUGCCUAAGACCGCUCCAGAACAAUACAGAGAAGCUCAUGCUCUACAAACUAAUGUGCCUGCCAUCGAUUUCACAUAACUCUUCCUAACUAAAGACUAAUCUUAGGACUUAAACAGAGUCCCAACCCUAGC